UGCGCAAAAAGCCAGGAAGUGGAAAAGGGCCGAGCUUAGAGCUAGGAAUGAUAAGCAUUAGACCGUUUUCAAAUAAUAAUAAUAAUUGCUGUUACUAAUAAUUCCUGAUUUUAUUAAUAACUAUGGAGUUGUCUGAAAUACUUUACAACAAAGCGGAGUACAUAGAGACGGCUUCUGGAAACAAAGUGAGCAGGCAGUCUGUACUUUGCGGGAGUCAAAACAUCGUGCUGAACGGCAAAACUAUUGUGAUGAACGACUGCAUCAUCAGGGGCGAUCUGGCCAAUGUAAGAGUGGGCAGACACUGUGUUGUCAAAAGCAGGAGUGUUAUUCGACCACCUUUUAAAAAGUUCAGCAAAGGUGUGGCGUUUUUUCCACUCCAGAUCGGAGACCAUGUCUUCAUCGAGGAGGACUGUGUGGUCAACGCAGCACAGAUCGGCUCAUAUGUCCACAUCGGCAAGAACUGCGUAAUAGGCCGUCGAUGUGUACUGAAAGACUGCUGUAAGAUCUUGGACAAUACAGUGCUUCCUCCUGAGACAGUCGUUCCACCAUUCACAGUCUUCUCUGGAUGUCCAGGUCUGUUUUCUGGAGAGCUCCCAGAGUGCACACAGGAUCUGAUGAUUGAUGUAACCAAGAGCUACUACCAGAAAUUCCUUCCCCUCAGCCAGAUCUGAGUAACACUACUACAAAACAGCUCUGCGUUCCAGUUGGCGAAAGCUCUGCUCGAGUUGCAAUGGACUUUAAAGAGCUCAGAACAUCAUAUUAGGACCUCUUCUAACUGGUCUUUAGAAUAUUUCUGUUGGUAAUUUAUCAACAUCAACAAACUGCAUCCAUAUGUAUUUCAUAUAUUUUGUUGUUUUCCACAUUAGUGUUUGUAAAUGAAGGAGGGCAUAAUGCCUCAAGAUUUCCCCCCAUGAACCAAAUCUGUAGCAACAGAUAAUCAGCAAUGUUAGCUGUAAUAACUUUACUCCUAUGUAGCUCUGCUUUAAAAGUAAAACAGUAAAUUUUGUUUCUUUUCCCACGCAAACCCAAUGUGUUUUGGGUGUUUUCUUUUUAAUCCUUUUGAAUCAAGUUGGAUAUUUGUGCUUGCACAGUUAUUCUAAUUAAAGCUUAAUUAUUUAAGCUUGGAAAUACAUGGAAAUCUAACAAUACAUUUUAAUCAGUAAGCUUUUAUAUAAGAUUGUUGUCCAACAUUAAUACAGAGAAACACAGAAAAGUAUGUAAGGUAAUUAAAUGUAAUUAGAGGCACAGUGCUGAUUCACUUUCUAAAACUGUAUUCUGGUGCCCCCUAGUGGUUUAAAGACAGACCAGUUUUUCUAUAUAAAAUUAUUGGUAUGAUAGGGAUGUUAUAGCCUCCAUGAGACCAUCAGUAAAUGCUCCCCUUCACGGUUUUAUGAUACAGAGUGAAACAUCCUUUGUUCAACAUCUUUGUUCCAAAAGAAAUGUGCCAUUUCUAUUAAACCAUCACUACUUGUUCCUGAAAAUUUUAAAUCUAAUUGGCAGAUGUUGGCAACUGUCCGGUGUGGGAUUUCAGUACUAACAUUUUACUAAACAAGAUUAAAUGUCUGAAAGUUUUCACUGUGAAGAUUUCAAAUUCUCAUUUUACGAGUACAAAAUGUGUCCCUUGUUUCUCAUUGUAAUUAUCAAAAAACACUUCAGAUUUAUUAAAACAAACCUGUUCUAUUCCCUUUCUAAACCCACACAGAAAAACCGAGUUCAGAACCAUUGUAAGCAUACAAUUUAAUACAAUUUUCAAUAUUCAACUGAAUUGUUUUAUUAUUUUACACUGUGAACCACACAUAUACCAACAAUUAUUUGUUA